AUGGGUGACUUUAAUGCCCUUAUGAGUACUGAAGAUAGGAUAGGGCUUCCUGUCAGGGAAAGGGAAAUUGCAGAAAUGAAGGAGUGUAUGGACAGAUGUAGAAUGAUGGAAGUAAAGGCUUGUGGACAAUUUUUUACUUGGAAUAAUAAGCAAGAGGACAUGAGUAGGGUCUUUUGUAAACUGGAUAGGUGCUUGGCUGAGGAUUUUGCCACUAUUGUAAGUAAUGUGUGGCAGCAACAAGUUCAAGGGACUAAAAUAUUCCAAGUGGUUAGCAAAUUGAUGUUAUUGAAGAAAGAGUUCAAGAUUCUGAACAAGACUCAGUAUGGUGAUGUUUCAGUUCAAGAUGCACUGACUUAUAACACUAUGAUUGAAGCACGGAAAGUUUUGCAUAAUCAUCCAGAAGAUAUGAGGUUGAGAAGACAAGAAAAGGAGGCCAGGGAAGCUUAUCAUGUGGCUCAUAGAAACUAUACUAGUUUCUUAAGUAAAAAAGCCAAGGUGAGAUGGCUUACAGAAGGUGAUGACAACACAAAACACUUCCAUCAGAGUAUCAAACUUAGACGUGUACAUAAUAGAAUCAACACAAUAAGAAAAGAAGAUGGAUCCUGGGCUAACACUUCUGAUGAAGUUUUAGAAGCUUUUGUGGAAUACUACCAAUCCUUGUUGGGUAGUAGGAAUGCAGUGAAGAAAAUUGAACCAACCAUUAUAGCAAAAGGCAGUGUGUUGUCUACUCAGCAGCAAAUGGAGCUCACCUUGAAUUUUACAAAUGAAGAAAUUAAAAAUGCCCUCUUUUCAAUACCUGAUGAUAAGGCUCCUGGUAUGGAUGGUUACUCUAGCUGUUUUUUCAAGAAAAGCUCGGAGUACAUAGGUCAAGACAUUAUAGAGGCUGUGAAGGACUUCUUCAGAUCUGGCAAGAUCUUGAAAGAGAUUAAUGUGACUGCCAUCACCUUAAUUCCUAAAAUCAAAUGUCCAGCAGCAGUGGGGGAUUUUAGACCCAUUGCUUGUUGUUCAGUGCUGUAUAAAACAAUCACUAAGUUGAUCUGCACAAAGCUGAGCAGAGUCCUCCCUGAGGUAAUCUCUCCUAACCAAGGGGCUUUUAAUAAUGGCAAAAGUAUAAUCAGCAACAUUCUUCUUUGUCAAGAUCUGGUUAAGAGAUUUGGCAAUAGGAGGAACCAAGUAAAAGGGCUCAUGAUGAAGGUAGACUUGAAGAAAGCAUAUGACUCCAUAGAGUGGGUGUUUGUAAAAGAACUAUUAUUAGAGGCUAUGAAGUUUCCUACUCACUUCAUUCAGUGCAUAAUGGAGUGUAUCUCUACUCCAAAUUCACUCUCUUAA